AUGGCAGUACCGCCAGCCCAGAUCCUCACCGAGGACGACAUCUACAGAACCUCUACCCAGUUCCGACUCUGGUCGUUCAGCGAGUCCGCUCUUCUUUCCCUCCGCCAAAACACACACGAAGCCGCUGUCCAACAAGCCCGAUCCUACCUCCCCGAAUCAUCCCUGGCAUCCCUGCCUUCAGCACAAGAUGAACUCCGUCUAGUUCAGCGCUACUGCGACCAAAUACGCAGCACCUCGGAUUUCUUCCAAUGGCCUGUUAAUGUCAAAGCCACUGCUGUUCAAUAUCUGAAACGCUUCUACACGACAAACUCCGUCAUCACAUACCCACCAAAAGAGAUCUACAAGAGUGUUUUGUUCCUGGCGAGUAAGACCGAGGGUGUACACAUGACUCUCUCAGAGUACGCCAGACGCAUCAAGACAGACCCCAAAGACGUCUUGGCUCCUGAAUACAAAAUCAUCCAAGCCCUGCGAUUCACACUGGAUGUACGGCAGCCUUUCCGUGCCCUCAAAGGCUGUCUAAUGGACUUGCUAAAUCUAGCUGCCGGAACCUCUGCACCGCUUCCUUUCCUAAACACAACACCUCAAGGCCUCCAAGACCAGAUGUGCGCACUGCCACCACCACCUCAAGGCUCACGAUCACAAUGGCAACCGCCGCAGCAAAUUGGCGCAAAGGAAGCUUCAGAUAGAGCACAUUGCGCUUAUGCAGUAGCCCGUCAUCUCCUCGACGCCUCUGCUCUCCUGACGGAUGUCUAUUUUCUCUUCACGCCUCCUCAAAUCUAUCUCGCCGCUCUAAAGCUUUCGGAUCCAGUCCUCUUCACUUUCUACCUGUCGACGAAGAUUCCUGCUACAGCUGCCGCACAUGAUAUGAUCAUCUCGACUAUUGCACAAUGUGCCGAUAUGUUGGCUAGUUUUGAUCAAAAGGCCGUCAUGAGCAAGGACGAGAGAGCGAGACUGGAAGCACAAUUGGAUGAGGUCAGAGAUCCUGGAACGAAGGAUUUGGUAGGAAGAAAUGAAGAAGUCAAGAGAGGAGGCAUGGCACUGGGAGAAGUAGAUGGCGAAAAAGCCGAGAGGAGAAAGUUGGCGAGAGAGAAGAGUUUUAGAGAAGGCGAGGAUCUCUUCGGUCCUGCCUUGACCGUGCAACAAAAAGGAUAA